AUGCACACUCGCCUCCGCCUCCCUGACAACACUGUCACAUUCCCAGCCAAGAACUUGAAGCCGUACAAGAUUGUGAUGGAGGAAAUGAGCUUCACUGAGCCAGAUAAGAACGAGGUGCUUGCACACUCGGAGGCCCUCCUCAAGGGUACUGUUAUGCCCGGAAGCAGAAAGAAGAAGUCCGUCAAGAAGAGGCAAGCUUCCAACGCCAACAAUGACAGUUUCUCAGAUACAGAAAGCAGAAGUGGUGGUCGUUACGGCGGCAUUGGUGGCAACUUAGGCCCAGCUUGCAAUCUUGCCGAUCGUGGCACUGCCUCCAGAAACGAAGUUGGCUACCAGGGAGUCAUUACAACGAUGCGAGAAGGCAUGCUUGUCUCUUUCGAUGUUCACAACAUGGUCCUUCAAAAUGUCGAGACUGAUGAUGCAAAGGCGCUCGAGCUAGUGGACGACGAGACUAUUGACGCCAUAGUCUCAAAGCAUGCCAGGUACGGAGCAAAUGGUGUCUCCGACACCAUCAAUACCGACGCUUGCUGCCAAAUAAGCCCUGAUCAGGUGGGUGCCGCCAAACCUAAUGAUGGCAACGAUGAGGAUAUUGUCAAUCUGGGUCGGGGGCACGUUGAGUAUCUCAUCAAGUCGGAUCCUUACGGCGGUCUCCUUCACCUCUUCCGCGUUGUCACUGAAGACUGCGACCUUCCAGAACCCCACAACCCAUUCCAACUGCUGAAAUGGGUUUGCAGUCAAUCUCCCAUCUUGACUCGCGUGUUGCAGCUUACCUACGAUGUCGUCCGCGUCGAAAGGACCAGGUUCUUUGUGUUGGCACAGUUUCCCUGGCAGCAACAGAUCAUUGCCGCUAUGCUCGCAAUAGGUGGUUUCAACGUCGAGUCUAUUCGCUCCUGCCAUUCCGAGGCUGAACGUAGCGUCUCGAUCGAGAGAUUUACUGAAGCCGGUUCUGGUGUCGAAGUUCUGGUCGCCAACACUAACAUCUCACUCAACGGUCUCGACCUCCAAGACCAGUGUUACAACGGGGCCUUUGUAGGUGUCGAGUGGUCUAUUAAUGCCCAUAUCCAAGGGGCUGGCCGUCUCGUCCGUGUCGGCCAGAAGCACCCAGUCAUCUUCCACAUGUUAAAGGUCAAGCACACCUAUUACGAUUACAUGGAGCGUAAUAUGGUCAGUAAGUGGGCAGAAGAGUUGCUUGGUUUUGCCAGGCUUCCUAAUCACAUCAAUGGUUGGAUCCGUUACGCAUGCGUCCACGAGAUUAUUCGCAAUUAUCUCCAUCUUGACUUCAACCGUCUGUGUUGGUGCGAUGGUAUUAUCCAGGGUGAUGAUAUCUCAAAGUAUCACGCUACAGAAACAGUUCAGCGAGGCCACUUUUAUACCUUUGUUGCUAUCUGGGCCCGGUCCCUCUCACGCGCCGAGUAUGACGAGAAGUUGGCGUCGUGGCAUUGGAACCUGCCUGAGAUUACUAACGCGUACGCUCUCAAGUUUAUCAGCAAUGUUACUGAACCUUUGACGUACGAGGACAUUGUGCGUCUCAAUCUGUCUGAGGAAGUUUGUCAAGGCCUCAACGCAGCUAUGGAAAUUGCCAUGAAGGGACCGGUCGAUGAAAGUAUGGCCGAAAAACUCAAGACACGCUUCGAGCGCCGAAAGCUUGACAGACAAGAAGCCGUCAGUGCUCUAAACCAGGAGGAGGAUAACGACUUCAUUGCGACUGAUGUAAAUGACGCUCCGAAAUGGUUCAGCAGCAUUGAGACUACACAGAGCUCGGCUGACCACAACCAACGCGCGGCCUUCGGCUUGUCUCGACCAGAAAUACUUGAUCUCCCUGACGACGAGGACGACCCUGAAUGUGCUUUGCAUACACUUACGCCAAAGCCUGGCGACGGCGACAUCCAGGCUCUCAACAGCUGCUCGCUACGCCCUCAUCGAGGCCGCGGAGCCCAUUCGGAGGAAUACCAGGUAGCCGCAGUAGAGGGUCAUACUUCCGAGACUGACGCCAUCUCAGACAGCCUGGAUGGCAAGGCGACAAAGCGUCUUUUGGAAGACGGGGAGGUAGAAAUCUCCAAUCCGAAAAAGACCAAACUGUCCAGUAUCUGA